AUGCACAUUUCGCUGUUGACGUUCCUCGGACUGGCUUUGUUGUUCGAUGUGGUGCAGCUCUCGGUGACCGCCGACUCCUUGUUGGACACAAAGAAUAAGCGGCAUGAUGGAAGAAUAGUUGGCGGUGCAGCAGUCACUAUUGACAAAUAUCCCUACAUCGUGUCCUUGAGGCGCAAUUUGGAUCACAUUUGUGCAGGAUCAGUCAUUUCCUCGUACUAUGCCGUGACUUGUGCCCAUUGCACCUACUCAAUGAGCUCGAUCAGUGGUGUCACCAUACACGCAGGAUCUACUAGUCGCACGACGGGUGGUAAGGUAUUUAAUGUAACCGCUAUCAUCAGACAUUCGGAGUACAAUCCGACUACUUUCGACGUCGACGUCUCGGUAGUGCGCGUGAACGCCUCAUUCACAGCGACCACCGGCGUUGGGAUUGUGCAGUUGGCGGAUCUUGAUUUCGGCUAUCCAGCCGGGACGAUAGCCACCGUUCUCGGAUGGGGUCGCACUACGACCGGUGGGUCACUUUCGGCUUCACUGCGAGCCGUUUCGAUACCGAUUAUCAGCAACAGUGAAUGUGCUGCGACGUGGAAAAACAACUCCAUCACCAACACAAUGAUGUGCGCUGGGGCCAAAGGGCGCGAUGCUUGCACAGGCGAUAGCGGGGGGCCGCUGGUAGUCGCGUCCAACAACAGCAACACCAGCGUCCUCGCCGGUAUGGUGUCCUGGGGAUCGGCUUCGUGUGGGAGCGACUACCCGGGCGUGUACACGCGUGUCACAGCAGCGAAGAUCCAUAACUUCCUAAUGCCGUACGUGUGA